UCUAGGGCUCCUUCCUCCGCCUCGCCCGACCCGACCGGGCUCCAGAGGAGGAGCGCGGGGCGAGCGGGCAGGCCGGGCGGGUCCCGGGCUGGCCUGAGGAGACUUUGUUUUUUUCCCCCCCUCAGGCAGGCGGGCCGGCCGGCCAUGGCCAGCGGGGCGCCGGGCCCGUCGUCGUCGUCGUCUGAGGCGGACGAGGAGCGUCGGGCGGCGGCGCUGCAGAAGCUGGUGGUCCGGCUGCGGAACCUGCAGGAGGGGAAGCAGCUGGAGAGCCUCUUGCAGACGCUGCAGGACCUGCUGGCCUUGGCCGGCCUGCCCAGCGGUGCCCGGCUCUUCCGCGACGGGAGCGUCUACGUGCCUCUGCUGCUGGUGCUGGUGUCCUACCUGAGGGUGGGGAGAGUGCAACAGGUGGGCUGGACACUUCUUUGCAAACUGAUUAAAAUAUGCCCAGAAGCUCUGAUUCAUUUAACAGCUCCACAAGGCAUCGGAAAGGACUGGGAAGUUCUCGGUGUCCAUCAGCAAAUUCUCAAGAUGCUUAAAACCCACAAUGCUGAUGUGCAUCUUUCAAAGGUUGGCUUGAAAGCAUUAAAUCUGCUUCUUUCUUCAGAUGAAAUCACACUUCUUCUCUUAGAGGAAGGGACUGAUAUAUUUCUAUUGAUAUUUGAUGCCAUGGAUACUUUUCCUGAUCAUGAAAAGAUCCAGAGAUACGGAUGCAAAGCUUUGCACAUGCUUUUAGAAAAAGUUCCCGAGGAGCAACUGAUUGAAUUUGUCGAGGAGAACGAUCACUUGAUCAUCCUCAAAGUCCUUAAAAAAUUCCCCGAGAAGGAAAAUGUCAUUGGCUUUGCCCUUCGGUCGUUGUACAUCUUGGCUGGACCAGUUAGCAAUGCGGAAGUUCUUAUGUCUGGAAGUGUGCGGUGUUACAAUAUCAUAGUGGAGAUUAUGAAAGCGUUCCCUGCAUGUGAGCCAAUUCAGGAAGUCAGCUGCUGCCUGCUACACAAACUUACUCUGGAAAACUUUUUCAAUAUCCUCGUGUUGAAUUCUGUGCACGAAGUGAUUGUGACGGCGGUGGAAACGUACCCUGAAAAUGAGAAACUACAAGCAGCAGGCCUCAGCUGCUUGGCUCUCCUCACGGAAACCAUCUUUUUAAACAGAGAUUUGGAAGAAAAAAAGGAAGAGGAGGGGGAGGAAGAAGAGGAGGAAGAAGAAAAAUUAUAUUGGCUGGAGGCCUGCUAUAAAGCAUUAAAAUAUCACAGAAGAAAUAGAGACAUACAGGAAGCUGCCUGCUGGGCUUUGAACAACCUCCUUAUGUAUCAGCCUACUCUUAAUGAGAAGAUUGGAGACGAAGAUAAAAAAUACCCAGCCCACAGAGAGAUGAUGCUCGCCAUGUUGAUGUAUUAUUCUUCCUCCAAAGAAGUGUUCCAGGCUGCGGCCAAUGCCUUAGCUACUCUGGUGAAGCAAAAUGCACAUUCUCGAGAAAUUCUCUUGGCCAAAGGGAUACACAUGAACGUGCUGGAGAUCAUGAGAAAACAUUCAGAUUCCCCUGAAAUUGCAGAAAGUGCUUGCCGAUUGCUGAACUGUGCUUUCGAAGGAAGUUUCUUACAGUUGGAUAUCAUGAUCGCUGCUGCAUCUGGAUGUAUGAAAACUAUGAAGAAACACAAAAACUUGCCAUCGGUACAGUUGGAAGCACUUAAAGUAAUUUUACAUUGCAUGGUUCCAGAAGUGCUAAAAAAUCAGCACCAUGUUGGUUCAGAAGACACUAACCAGAAAACCAUGCUAACACUUUUGAAAAGUCAGUUUUUGUUAGAAGGAGGUCAUUUACUUGUCCUUGGUGCUAUGAACACGUUUAUUGGAAAUCCAGGCAUUCAGAGAUGUGGACUUCAAAUACUUUCCACUAUAACAGAACGUCCGACUUUAUUACAAAUGUUAUCCAAUCUAGGAAUGGCAGAUACUCUACUCCACACACUACAGAUGUAUCCAGAUGAUCAAGAAAUACAACGCUUAGGUUUAAACUUUCUGGGAUCCUUGAUAUCCAGAAAGAUCUUAUGUUCAGCUACUUUCUAUGCCUUGGUAUCUCCUUUGGUCUCGACGUUACGACGCUUUAAGGAUGUUGUCGAAAUUCAGGUUCAGGGAUUUCAAAUGAUUGCAGCCAUACUCCAGUCAUCCCCUUGGUUUGCAAAGCUGCUCAUACAGGAAUCGUUCGAGAUCUGCCUCUUCUACCAGCUCUCCAUGUGUUUUAAUGAGCAAAGAGAUCAGCAGUUUCGAAGUCUUUGCUUUAAAUGCUUUGCCAAAAUAACUGAACACGACGACUUGAAAAACCUGUUGCUGGAGAAGGCCUGUGAGGAGUGCAACAGCUUUAUGGCCGAGUGUUUGCUGCUCCUGGGCGCCGACGUGAAUACAAGCUCAAAGGAGAAGUCCUUAAUUUACGACGUAUGUGAGAAAGGAAGCAACCCAAAAGUGGUCGAACUCCUGCUCAACAGUGGCGCCCGGGAACAAGACGUUAGGAGCGCUUUAGCAGUCAGCAUGAAGAAAGGGGACAGCAAGAUCAUCAGUCUGCUCCUGAAGAAACUUUGCCUGGACAUGACCAACCGCAGCAUUUGCCUGGGAGGGUUCGGUAUCGGGCGAAUGGAACCUUCUUGGCUGAUCCCCUUGUUUCCAAGCAGACUUCCAUCCUCCCAGAAGCCAACCAAUUCAAGUUCUGCGUUGGCCGUAAUGGUCCUUCGAUACCAGAGGACGAGUAGUUACGAAGAUCAGUCAAGAGCUGACGUCAAUAGCCAGAACGAUGAAAUGGAGAAAUUGAAUGAAUGGACGUUCUUACCUGACCCUUUAGUGGACAAUGUUUUCUCGUUGACUGACGACAUAGACAGCGAAGGGAGUGAAAGCUCAUUUAUGGGGAGGCAGAAAUCUUACUCUGUGGCAGCUGCAGACCUCCAGAAACCUCUUCAGAGUUCUACUCCUCCGCUACAAAGACAUUCCAAAUCUGUGGGGGCUGGAUCACCUUACGAACCAUUAAAGAACCAAAGAAGAAAAAAUGUGUUUUCUGAAAAACAGAACAAAGGCACAUCUGUAUUCCAACCCAACAUGAAGAGCUCGGACAGCUUCCCUUCCCUGGUCUCUGACCGAGAAUAUAUUAAAUCCCUCGACUUGUCCUCAAAUGAGCUGGAGAACAUAGACAACAUCAGCCAAAGUCUUGGCUUAAUUACUCAUUUCGAAAACCUUGACAAAUUAGAACUGCAUCACAACCAGCUUUCGUGCGUGCCGAAGCAACUCUGUGAGACCAUGAAAUCUUUGACUUAUCUCGACCUGCACAGCAACCAUUUGAAGUCUUUCCCUCAAUAUCUCUUGGAAAUGCCUCAGAUCGUUCACCUCGACAUUUCGCGAAAUGAAAUUGGACCUACCUUGUGCUUCAGUCCAACAAUCACCUGUCCAACUCUAAAAUUACUCAAUUUGUCCUACAACCAACUGUUGGGCAUUCCUAGAUAUCUUGGCAAUAUUCUGAUCAAGCUGGAACAUUUCAUAUUGGAAGGUAACAGACUUUCAACGUUAAUUGCAAGAACCAGUUUGAAAGAACUGAAAAAUUUAAACAUUAGCAAGAACAACAUUUCGUACCUGGAUACCGAAUUUCUGCAUGAUUGUUUGAAGUUGGAAAUACUCAAUGCAGCAGCAAAUAGAAUUUACACCAUAAAGAUCUUGCCUUGUAGCAUAACUACAUUGAAGCUAUCUCAGAAUGCUUUUUACACCGUUCCAGAAGCAAUUCUUCUUCUACCACAUUUGCGAUCGGUGGAUUUAAGCAGCAAUAGAAUUGGGAUGCUACCAGGGCCUGCGUUUUGGAAAUCGUCCAAUUUAAGAGAAUUGAUAUUUAACCACAAUCAAAUAAGCAUUCUGGACUUGAAUGACAAAGCUUCUUCCUGGUCUCGACUUGAAAAGCUACACCUGUCUAACAACAAGUUAAGAGAGAUCCCUCCUGAAAUUGGCUUUCUGGAAAACUUGACGUCUUUUGAUGUUAGUUACAAUCCAGCCAUCCGGUGUUUUCCAGAUGAAAUGGGAAAAUUGUUGAAUAUAUGGGAUCUUCCUUUAGAAGGACUGCGUCUUAAUUUAGAUUUUAAACACGUGGGAGACAAAGCAAGGGAUAUCAUCCGGUUCCUUCAACAGCGUUUAAAGAAAGCUGUCCCCUACCAUAGAAUGAAGCUCAUGGUCGUUGGAAACGCCAGCAGCGGUAAAACAACCUUGUUACAACAGCUCAUGAAAUGCAAGAGGCCAGAUUUUGGGCCUCAAAAGCCGACCAUCGGAAUUGAUGUGAAUGACUGGAAGAUCCCUCGAAAAGGCAAAAUCAAGAAAGAGACAGUUUUAAAUGUCUGGGAUUUUGCAGGACAAGAAGAAUUCUACAGUGCUCAUCCCCACUUUAUGACUCAACGAGCACUAUACCUCGCGGUGUAUGACCUGAGCAAAGGAGAAUCAGAGGUGGAUGCCAUGAAACCAUGGCUGUUUAACAUCAAGACCCGAGCAUCCUCCUCCCCUGUGAUUCUCAUUGGAACUCAUUUAGACGUCGCUAAUGAGAAGCAGCGUAGAGCUUGCAUCAGUAAAAUCACCCAGGAGCUGAUGAAUCAGAAGGGAUUUCCUAAAAUCCACGACUAUCACUUUGUGAAUGCCACAGAAGAGUCUGAGUCCAUGACUAAACUUCGACAAAUCAUCAUCAAAGAAUGUCUGGAUUUCAAAAUCAGAGACCAGCCUGUGAUUGGCCAGUUAAUUCCAGACAGCUACUUAGAACUUGAGAAGAGCAUUCUUGAAAUACGCAAAACAUUGCCGGCUGAAUUCCCCGUGAUUGGCCAGGAUCAGCUUUAUGAAUUGGUGCAAGAAAAGCAGCUGCAAUUGGAUGAAAACGAACUUUCUCAUGCAGUGCAUUUUCUGAACGAAUCGGGUGUCCUGCUGCACUUCCAAGAUCCGGCCCUUCAGCUCAGAAAUCUCUAUUUUGUCGAUCCCAAAUGGCUGUGUAAAAUCAUAGCCCAGAUCUUGACGGUGAAGGUGGAUGGCUUUACCAAAUACCCCAAAGGGAUCAUAAAGCGUUCUGAUGUUGAAAAAUCCCUGCUAAAGAACAGUAAAUUCCCUGAGAUUUGCAAGUGCCAAUACUUCAAGCUUCUAGAGAAAUUCCAAAUUGCUUUGCCGUUAGGGGAAGAUCAACUGCUUAUUCCAAGCAGCUUGUCAGAUCAACGGCCUGUGAUAGAAUUGCCUCACUGUGAAAACUCUGAGCUUAUUAUAAGAUUGUAUGAGAUGCCAUAUUUUCCAAUGGGAUUUUGGUCCAGGCUAAUUAAUCGACUGCUUGAAGUGUCUUCAUACAUGCUUUCUGGAAGAGAACGAGCUCUUCGCCCUAACAAGAUGUACUGGAGGCAAGGCAUAUAUAUGAACUGGUCCCCAGAAGCUUACACCCUGGUGGAAUCUGCAGUUCUGGAAAACAGCCUAAACAGCUUUUUAAAAAUCACGGUCCCUUCUUGCAGAAAAGGUUGCAUCAUUUUGGGGCAAGUUGUAGAUCACAUUGAUUCUCUUAUGGAGGAGUGGUUCCCGGGUUUAUUGGAAGUAGACAUUUGUGGCGAAGGAGAAACGCUGUUGAAGAAAUGGGCUUUGUACAGCUUUGAGGACGGAGAAGAACAUCGGAAAAUAUUGCUUGAUGACUUACUUAGAAAGGCAGAGGAAGGAAAUGUAGCCUAUUUUUUUAAAAAAAUAUUGUCUCAUAUUUUCUGUCGGAAAGGCGAUGGGGGAUUUGGAUCUGUGUAUCGUGCUGUAUAUAUUGGUGAAGAAGUAGCUGUAAAGAUUUUUAAUAAACACACGUCCCUUCGGCUUCUGAGACAGGAACUGACGGUGCUUUGUCACCUCCACCACCCAAGCCUGGUAUUCCUGAUGGCUGCGUCUGUGCGUCCCCGGAUGCUGGUCAUGGAAUUGGCCCCCAAGGGCUCCUUAGAUCAGUUGCUGCAGCAAGAAAACGCCGGUCUAACCAGAACCUUACAGCACAGGAUAGCUCUGCAUGUGGCGGAUGGCUUGAGGUAUCUACAUUCUUCCAUGAUCAUCUAUCGCGACUUAAAGCCUCACAACGUCUUGCUGUUCACGCUUUAUCCCAAUUCAGCGGUCAUUGCCAAGAUCGCUGAUUACGGCAUUUCCCAAUAUUGCUGCCGAAUGGGAAUAAAAACCUCCGAAGGCACACCAGGAUUUAGAGCACCAGAAGUUGCAAGAGGAAAUGUUAUUUACAACCAGCAAGCUGAUGUUUAUUCAUUUGGCUUGCUGCUGUAUGACCUUUUGACAGCUGGUGGGAGAAUAUUAGAGGGCAUAAAAUUUCCUAAUGAAUUUGAUGAAUUAGCUAUCCACGGAAAGCUGCCAGAUCCUGUCAAAGAGUACGGCUGUGCCCCCUGGCCAAGAUUUGAAGAUUUAAUUAAGAAAUGUUUGAAAGAAAAUCCUCAAGAAAGACCUACAUCUGACCAGGUCUAUGAAAUGUUGAACUCCGCAGAGCUGGUUUGUUUCCUGAGACACAUUCCGGUGCCCUCUCCUUUUGCGUCGGAGUGCAUGGUGGCUACAAACCAAAGUAGCAAGAAGUGCGGGAUCUGGUUCGGAAGUGGUGGCAGAGGGGAAGCCCAGCUGUCCUUUGUCGAUAUAAAUACCGAUGAACGUACCUGUGAAGACGUUGAAGAUAGUAGGAUAUUGUGCUUGGCCUUGGUGACAUUUUCUGCAGAGAAGGAGAACUGGGUGAUUGCAGGAACCCAGUCAGGAUCCCUGUGGGCCUUUCACACCCAAGAUGGAGAGCGCAAGCAUCGGUUUCACACGAUGACAGAUUCGGUCACCUGCCUUUACUGCAGUCCCCCGUCAAAGCAUAACAAGUACAAGAAUGUCUUUUUGGUGGGCACAGCCAAUGGACAGCUGGCCAUUUUUGAGGACCGAGCAGUCAAGGGCCAAUGUGCCACACCCUUAAAGACGGUUCUCGUCGGAAGUGACAGCACUCCACUGAUGUGUUUAAGUGAAUCAAAUUAUUCCUCGGACAAAAGUACAAUCUGGGGCGGCUGUGGAUCCAAAAUAUUAUCAUUGUCCAGCGAUUUGGCUACCCACAAACUCAUUGAGACGAAGACGAGUCAGUUGUUAUGUCACAAGGACUACUGCAACGCCAACAUUAUUUCUAUAGCGGUAGACAAGUUUAUCUACUUGGCAAAGAAGGACAGCUAUUUCGUGGAGAUUUGGGAUAGAAAGACGGAGAAGCUUUGUGAACUGAUUGACUGCGUGCAUCUACUCAAAGCCGGGGUACCAAAACUGAGUAUGGAAUCGAAACAGAAACUUGCUUACCCGGGACGAGUGAAGAGUAUCUGUCUGCAGAAAAAUACGGCGUUGUGGAUCGGGACAGGAGGAGGCCACCUCUUACUACUUGACCUGUCCACGCGCCUCCCCAUAUGGAUAAUACAGGGUUUCUGUCGUUCGGUGAGAUUCAUGAUGACAACUCAACUAGGCACCCUCAAAAAUGUCGUUCUGGUCUUGGGUUAUAGCCAUGAAGAGGAGAAUAAAGACAGACACAUUAAAGGGAUACCGUCUUCUGUGUCCGUCUGGGAUGUGAACCUGUCACAUGAAGUGCAAAACUUGAAAAAACAUAUUGUGAUGAGGGAAGCACUAGCAGAGAAAAUGAAGCAUUUUUCACUGGAUUAACUUGAAGGAAUUUACUAGAAUUACACGAGACCGUUGAAGUUAAGUUUCGUUGAAGGACAGGUAGAAAUACUUGUUAAAUGCAACAUUACCGCUGGUUUCCUUUAAAAUGAAACACAAAUAUUAAAUUAUGCAGCGAUGUUUAAUAUUCCACACUAAAAGGAGAAAAGUGUGGCAGCACAAAAAUGUAUUUCUUCUGGUUUCAGAUGCCAUUAGGUUUAAAUUCAUUCUCUUUUGCUGCUUUUCCUGUUCUAUUUAUAUCUUUCCGUAGGUAUAAUUCAAUACGAUUUAACUGUUUUAAGUACACGAAUAAAAAUACAGAAGCUAUUUAAUUACCAGGAAAUUAAAGGCAUCAUAAGUAUAAUUUUUGAUAGCACCAACUCACCCUUGGGCAUAUUUCAAAAUAAUUGGGAUGAAAUGCUUAGGGCUUCACGUCAACCCAAUGUUUUUCUCUGGCUUUGUUCCACUCACGUUUUUUCCACCCAAGGCUUCUGUCCAAGGUGCUACUGCUGCUUUAAAAAUUUAACUUAUUAAAUUUAAUGAGACCUUUAAUAAAAGGUUAUACGAAUGCCAAGAUUUUCUCCGGUUUGGAUGGAAGCCAGAAAAAGGAAGACUAUUUUAAUGAAUUGUAAAGGAAGUGCUGUGCUCAAAGGAGAACCGAAACAUUUCAAAAUCAGAUGAAGUGUUAGUCCCACUUUAGAAUGCCUUGGUAAGACCUCAUUUGGAAUACUGCAUCCAGUUCUGGUCACCACAAUACGAAAAAGAUGCUAAGGCUUUACAAAGAGUGCAGGGAAGAGCAACCAAGAUGUUUAGGGGCCUGGAGGCCAAACUGUGCGAUGAAUGAUAUGUCUAGUCAAAAGAAGAGAAGGCCUAGGGCAGAGAUCUCCAAACUCGGCAACUUUAAGACUUGUGGACUUCAACUCCC